AUGGCGACACCAAGCCAAGCGCCCAUCAUCAUCAUCGGCGGCAGUCUCGUAGGUCUCGCCAGCGCGCUCUUCCUCGCCGCCCGCGACGUCCCCGUCGUUCUCAUCGAGCGCCACACCGCGAGCUCCCCCCACCCUCGCGCCAUCGGCUACACCUCAAGGACCCUUGAGUUGCUCCAGACCGCUGGUAUUCCGCCCAGCGCCCUCCAAGUAGGCAAGGGCGCGCCGGGCGGCCGACCGCGUCGUAUCAAAGUCAAGAGCCUGGCGGGCACGUGGGCCGACGAGCAGCACUGGAACAAUAACACCAAACCCAACGGCGGCCCGAACGGAGGGCAUCCGGCCGGAAAGCCUCGUGGCGGCCCGGCGGCCGGCGGGCCCCCUAGCAGCGGGGGCAAGGUCUACGCACCAAUCAUAGGCACGGCCAUCGCCCAAGACCGCCUCGAGCCCAUCCUCCGCCAACGCGCCCUCGAGCUCGGCGCCGAUCUCCGCCUCGGGUGGAAGAUGACGAGCUGGAGCCAGUCGCCCGAAGGCGUCAGCGCCACCGCCGUCAACAACCAGGGCGAGGAGAUGACCGUCCAAGGGUCGUACCUCAUCGCCUGCGACGGCGCGCGCAGCGUGUUCCGCGAGGCGCUGGGCAUCUCGACGACGGGCGUCGGCCACCUCCGGAGCCUCUGCAGCAUCAUGUUCCGCUGCGCGCCCAUCGAGCACUACCUCGCCAAGGGCUUCGUCCAGUUCUCCAUCGAGGGGCGGGACGACGGCUUCGAGGCGUUCCUCGUCAGCUACCACGACGGGCGGUGGGCGCUAAUGUGGAACGCCGACGCCGACACGUCGCAGAAAAUGGACGCGCGGGCCCAGAAGGACUUCAUUCGGAAAGCCAUCGGGCUCGGUGAGGACGUCGUCAGGGACGAGGACGUCGAGCUGGUGACGAUUGGGCACUGGGAGAUGAGCGCGCGGAUCGCGAACAAGUUCUCCUCCGGCCGGGUGUUCCUCGCCGGGGACGCCGCGCACACGCUGCCUCCCAACCGCGGCGGCUACGGCGCCAACACGGGCUUCGCGGACGCGCACAACCUUGCAUGGAAGAUGGCCGCCGUGAGGGAGGGCCAGGCCGACCCGUCGAUUCUGGAGACCUACGACGAGGAGAGGCGGCCCGUGGCGCUGGUGCGGCAUGACCAGCUUUUUGCGCGGGACGACUACAAGACGUAUGUGCGGGGCGCCGAGUGGGCGACGACGGGGAGGGAGGUCAAACUCAUUGACGACAUUGCGAUGGAACUCGGGCAGAUUUACCGCUCCAAGGGGAUUCUUGGUUCGGAGGCGGCGGAGUUGCCUGAUGCGCUGCGGCCCGAUGAGUGGGCGGGCCAGCCUGGGACGAGGGCGCCUCACGUGGCGAUGGUGAGGGGCGAGGAGGAGAUUUCGAGUUUGGACUUGUUUGGGAGGGGGUGGGUCCUACUCUCGAGGGAUGGGGGUUGGGAAUCAGUCUCGAGGAAGGCCGGAGUCGAGUGUGAGUUUGUCCAUGUCGGGCAAGAUGUGAAGGAGGCGGAUGAGAGGGAGACGUUUGCGGGCAACUUUGGGGUGGGCGAGUCGGGGGCUGUGCUUGUGAGACCUGACGGGUUUAUCGCGUGGAGGUCGGCGGAGAGGGGGGAUGGUUUCGAGGCGGAGUUUUUGGAGGCCUUUCGAAGAGUCGCUUUUGCGAGAGGUUGA